AUGACUGCCAACACGCCUCGUCUUCGCGUAGCCGUUGUCGGCUCCGGCAUCGCGGGUCUAGCAGCAGCCCGUGUUCUCCGGGAGAAGCACGAUGUGACGGUAUACGAGCGCGGGGAGCCAUCAGUUGCAACCGGGGGCCAAGGUAUCGCGAACUUUCCCAAUUCGACGCACAUUCUGGAGAGCAUAGGCUUCGACUACAAAUGUGCGGGCUCCGUUGAGCUGGGAGGAUGGCACUCGGUUGAUAAAAGCGGGAAGACAGUCUUCAGUUCGGAUCAUGAUAUGAGAGACCGAUAUGGUGCGCCCUUAGUCAGUCAUAUGCGCGUGGACUUCCGUACAGAAUUAUUGAGGCUGGCUACGGCUCCUGCUGAAGAUUUGGGCCUUGAUGCGACCGCGGUUCCUGCUAUCACAGUGUGGAACAAUGGGGCCGUCGAUCUUGAUCCUGAAGGUGGAAAGAUCACGCUCGAGGACGGCUCUAUCAUUGAAGCAGAUGUAGUCAUAGUCGCGGACGGUAUCCAUUCUCGUCUACGCAAUAAAAUCCUUGACGAGACCGUCAACGCUCAAAAGACAGGGAUGACAUGCUGCCGCGUCGCUGUCUCUGCAGCGCAAGUCGAAGCAGCGCUAGGCAAGCUACCGCAAUGGUGGCAGGCUCAGCGCGAUACCGGCAAAGGCGUAAUUCAGCUCAUGGAAGCCCUAGACGGCACAUCGCGGCUGGUGGUGACUUAUCCGCUCAGAAACCUCUCGUGGAUGAACAUGUCGUGGGUCUUCCCCACUCAGGAGGAAAAGAAGUCCACGACAGAGUCGUGGAACGCAGAUGGCGACAAAGAGGAGAUCCUCAAAGUAUACGAUGAUUUUGACGAGGAUCUGAAAACGAUGUUGCGAGUUGCCGACCAAGUCAAGCUCUGGGAAUUGCAAGAUCUCGAACCCUUGCCAACAUGGACAUCCGGGCGCGCAAUCCUGAUUGGUGACGCCGCCCAUGCAAUGACGCCAUUGCAAGGACAAGGUUCUAACAUGGCCAUCGAAGACGCGGAUGGUCUCCGUCUCCUCACACAGCCCGGUGUCACACGGGAUAGCGUGCCUGGGAUUCUCCAGAAGGUCUCCAGUGUGAGAAAGCCCCGCGCCACGAGGGUCCUUGAGAACACGCGGUCUAGCACAAAGAUUUCCAGCGCGGCUGACAGGUAUGCGAGAUUCGAUGAUAACUGUACGUACCCUGGCAUAUUCGGUGUCCUUCAACAGCAGCAAGCCACGACAGCUAGUGCUGCAUGA